UAUAAAAAUUGAAGUUUUUACUAAAAUACAUAAGUUCAUUUUAUUAUAUCAAUCUAUGAGUUUUUCACUUGUCAACUGUAUUUAAAAAAUAUUUUUCAAACUAUGUAAAGAGCCGUUGAUGAUAAUAAAAAUACAGUUUUAAAAUAUUUUAAACACACCAAAAUCAAAUUCUUUACUAUUACCACAUUUACCCUUUAUUUCAAUGUUUGAUGACACUCUUAAGUUACUUCAUUAUUCAACCAAGAGAAAAAAAAACUUUGUUAUAUAUGGCUUCAACUUGAAAUUAUACAUAUAUAUGUAAGUUAGUCACUUUCAUUAUCUGUGUACCAUUUUUUCUAUUGAUUAGGCAUAUAUUAAAAAUUUUAAUUACUAAAUAAGUUUUCUUAUGUUAAACAGUUUUCCCCACAGGUGAUUUUUUGUAAAAACUAGGCAAUGUAAAUUACAUAUUCUUAUGAAACAUUGUCUGGAAAGCCAGUGUGCCAUCUUCAAAGCCAGUAUUAUUAUUUCAGUAUUUUAUUGGAAACAAACUUUGAAUUAUGCUUUGCAGUCUAUUUUAAAAGUAUUUAAGUAAGUAAAAGAUACAUUCUUAGUUAUCUAAGUUAUUCAAGUGUGCCACAACUUUAUUUCCAGAGAAAUGUUUUAAGAAAAUUCUUAUAUGAAAAUUGAAACAAUUUGAAUCUAGCUAUUUCUUUUUAUCCUUUCAAAAUUGAAUAUUUUCAGCAGUAAUGCUAAUGAUUAGACAAAAUGUCUGAAAUGGAUUGUUAAAAUAUUAAUAUUAAAAUACUUUAUUUACACACAGAAAUAUCAGUGAAUUGUCCUGUUUACUUCCAAAUAUUUAAAAAUACUGUUUUGAGUAAUGACCCCUAUUAUAUAAAAAGGAUCAACUUUUUUACAUGUUACUUUGCUAAAGUAAUAUCUGAAUGCUAGCUUUCUACACUUAUACUGGAAUCUGUAGUUUUCUUUAACAUUAUUAGUAAAUUUUGAUAUUGUGGAACUGUUGACCCAGUCAUACAUGUACAGAACUUGGCCUUUGAGUUAAUUAAAUAUGAGUUAAUAAUAUAUUAUAAGGAAAUUAUUAUCCUUAUUACAGUUAUUAGGUAGUUACUCAAAUUAUAGCUUCAAAGGAAUGCAGAGCAUGGAAAACUCAGGAUUAAAUUAUGCAUUUGAACCUUAGGCCAGCUUUUACUGUGGAGACAGUUUUCUGCUAAGACCAGAAUUGUAUGUCAUUGAAAUUAAAUGCUUUUCUGGGGAUGGAAGGUUCCAGUUUUUAAUGAAAUUACUGAGUGUGGUGUAGUGAAAUGAUUAAAAUCUGUAUUCCGGGAAUGUGGCAGGGAAAAAAAAUCAAUAAGUGCUAGCACAGCUUUGCUGCUCAAUGUGAAUCCUGAGAAUGAAAUAAACUAUUACAAAAAUAAUAAUUAAAAACAUAUCAGCACAUUAAUUUAUUUAGCAUCAGUCUCCUGAGACAUCAUCUUCACUAAUUUUUAGCAUACAUUUUACUAUGUAAUGAGCAGCCUUCUUUUCAGAUAUCCCUAUUAGACAGGCAGUCUUUCUGCCCUUCCCCCAGUGCUCCUGCAUUGCAAUCAUUGUACUUGCACUUAUUAUGUUACAAAUGACCGAGGUAAGGCUGACAUUCUCAGUGCAUGCAAAAAGACCUAGUCUGCCAAGCUUUUUUUUUUUUUUCGUAAUGAAGCAGCUUUGUGAAAUCUCCCCAUGUGUUAAUACUAAUGAAGAUCCUCCAGCACAAUUAAAAUCACAGCCAGUGGCUGAAGAGGAAACAUAAAACAAUAGCAUCUUUUAAGAUACAUUUAUCCACAUAUGCAUGUACAAAAUAUACAUAUAUGGUCAAAUUAUUUUUCUAUAGGUUGCCUUUCAUUUACUCUUCAUCCUGAAAAUUAAAUUAUGCAGUUUUUAGUUAUAUGAACUUUUGGGACUUUUAAUGUGUUCCAGGGAAAAACACUACCUCAAUGAAAAAAAAUUAUUUAUCUUCUUUGGUAAUAAAGUGUUACUAAGGAUAAGGUCUUUAAAAAAAAUUUUUUUUUUAGGAAACUAUAGGAUGGUGUGCUGUAGGAGGGGAUGGGGUGUACUUCAUCUUUAGUUUAACUUUAUUGGUUUCAGGAUGUUGAAAUUGGUGGAGGAAAAUGGAAGGGUAAAAAAUAGGAAGUUAGAAGAAACUGUGGGGAAGACAAAUAGCAUACCUCGUGUGUAAUUUAAAGAUGGAGCAAUAGGUUACCUAGUCUUAACUUGAUAUUUUAAGUAUUCUAAUUCCUACAAUUAGCUAUCCUCUCCCCAUCUUUUUUGCCUUCUCAGAAGUGUGUGUGUGGGGGGGACUAUUGAGGUUACCUUUUGCAGUUUUAACGUAUAACUUUAAAACGACUUAUUAUUUUAACGUUUUAUUUAAAUUUUAACUCAGUGCAUAAACAUUACAACAGCUUAACCUUCCCGGGUUAGGGCAGUAGCAUUUUAUCCUGGGACCAUUUUGUGUCUUGCUUUUUAUUUUGAGUUCCCAAUAUAUUACAUUUAGUUGACUUUUAGAUUUUAACCAAAUUCUGAGUUUACACACAAAGUUUAUGUGAACAUGGUUAAUCUACGCUCCCUAUUCGCCCGUGUACUUUUUUUAAAAAUUACGUUUUCAAUCCUAGUUUCUGUCUUCUCUACUUUUAAAAGUAAAACAAAACAUUAGAGUUCCUUAACUUUUUCCUGGAACAAGAAUCGGUGCAAACUCAAAGCUACAGGAUUCUUUGGAGGAAGAAGCCACCCCCUCCCUCCCUUGGCUACUUUAGGAGCUGAUGGGUCAUUUAUUAUUGGAACUGAAAUGGUAUAAACAAUUCUCUCUCUUUUUUCCCUUGUUAACAGCAACUUUCAUUGUUAGAGAGAGGAGAGAGAGAGAAGCCUUGUUGGUUGACGUCACUUGGUUCAUGAAGCCUUCGCCUAGAAGUGAAGCUGCUGAACAAACCUUGAGAAGAAUCAUCUCCUGCUUCAAUCUGCUGCUGGAUAGGAACUAAUCAGAGAGAGAGAGGCGGAAGACGGAGAAGGAGGGCGUCCAGGGCUUUGCCGAUCACAAAUCUCACCUCCACUCCAACUCUCCUUAUACUUUUCUUGCAAAAAAUAAUAAUAGAAAUAAGGAGGUGGUGGGGUUUCCAAAACAAAAGUCGUAACCUUAAACCAUCUGGGGAAGGCAAAAAUCCCAUUCACCGCAACUCUCAGUUCGAAAGUAAAGAUUUCUCAACAGUGAUGUCACAAGAUUGACCACACUGAUCACAUGUAUGCAUUGAUUUUCAGUGGUAGUAAUCUUUCCCCUACCUGGUUAACUUUGUUAUACAUUGGAAGAUAUCCUCUGACAAAUGGCCUUAAGCUAAAAGACAUACCUGCUGAUUGAUAUUCUCCCAUAGAUAUGGAGUCUGGAGAACGGUUACCAUCCUCAACAGCCUCCUCUACUACACCAACUUCAUCCUCUAUGCCUUCUGUGGCUUCAUCAGUUUCAAAAGGCGGCCUUUCCACUGGAGCUGCUUCACUUAGCUCUACAGUCAACCCAUGUGGACAUUUAUUCAGAGCAGCUGGGGAUCAACCGUUUAACCUGUCCACAGUGUCGAGUGCCUUCCCAAUGGUCAGCCACCCAGUCUUUGGUCUACAUUCAGCCAGCUCAGGGCAUUCAGAAUUUGGUGGUUUGGGGACACUUGGUACACCCACAGCCUUAGCCGCCCAUCCCCAACUAGCGUCUUUUCCAGGUGCAGAAUGGUGGCGAACAACAGAUGUUCAUACACGUACAGGGGCAACCUUCUUUCCACCAUUACUGGGAAUUCCACCACUGUUUGCUCCUCCAGCCCAGAAUCAUGAUUCUUCUUCAUUCCAUUCAAGGACUUCUGGAAAAAGUAAUAGAAAUGGUCCUGAAAAAGGUGUAAAUGGAUCAAUAAAUGGAAACAGUACAUCAUCUGUAUCUGGUAUCAACACAUCUGUACUGUCCACUACUGCUUCAAGUUCUGUGGGACAAACGAAAAGUAUAAGCUCAGGUGGAGGAAACAGAAAGUGUAAUCAGGAACAAAACAAAACCCAGCCUUUGGAUGCUAGAGCUGACAAAAUCAAAGAUAAGAAGCCAAGGAAGAAAGCUUUGGAAAGUUCUAGCAACAGUGAUAGUGAUUCAGGCACAUCUUCAGACACGUCAAGUGAAGGCAUUAGUAGCAGUGAUUCGGAUGACCUGGAGGAAGAUGAAGAGGAAGAUCAAAGUAUUGAAGAAAGUGAAGAUGAUGAUUCUGAUUCAGAGACUGAAGCACAGCAGAAAAGUAACAACCAGGUGCUAUUACAUGGUGUUUCAGACCCAAAAGCAGAAGGACAGAAAGCAACUGAAAAAGCCCAGGAAAAAAGAAUUCACCAGCCAUUACCUCUUCUGUCUGAAUCCCAGACUCACUCAUCAUUCCAAUCCCAGCAGAAGCAGCCUCAGGUUUUGUCACAGCAGCUUCCAUUUAUUUUCCAAAGCUCUCAGGCAAAGGAGGAAUCUGUGAACAAACACACAAGUGUAAUACAGUCUACGGGAUUGGUGUCCAAUGUGAAACCUUUAUCUUUGGUAAAUCAAGCCAAAAAGGAAACUUACAUGAAACUCAUAGUUCCUUCUCCUGAUGUACUUAAAGCAGGGAAUAAAAAUACCUCUGAAGAAUCUAGUUCUUUGACCAGUGAAUUGCGUUCCAAACGGGAACAAUAUAAACAGACAUUCCCAGCUCAGUUAAAGAAACAGGAGUCAUCUAAGAGCCUGAAGAAGGUUAUUGCAGCUUUGUCAAAUCCAAAACCAACCUCUAGUUCACCAGCACAUCCAAAACAAACAUUAGAAAACAACAACCCUAAUCCAUUCUUGACAAAUGCACUUUUAGGUAAUCACCAACCAAAUGGAGUUAUUCAAAGUGUCAUUCAAGAAGCUCCUCUGGCACUUACUACCAAAACUAAAAUGCAGAGUAAGAUUAAUGAAAACAUUGCUACUGCAAGUAGCACCCCUUUUCCCUCACCUAUAAAUCUGAGUACAAGUGGAAGAAGAACCCCUGGCAAUCAGACAACUGUCAUACCCUCUCCCUCUCCCAUACUGCAUAGUCAAGGGAAGGAAAAAGCAGUUAGCAACAAUGUAAACACAGUGAAAACACAGCCUCACUCUCAUCCUGCAAAAUCUCUAGUGGAACAGUUUAGAGGAACAGAUUCAGACAUUCUUAGUAGCAAAGAUUCUGAAGAUUCGAAUGAGGAUGAAGAGGAAGAUGAGGACGAAGAUGAGGAAGAUGAUGAAGAUGAUGACUCUGAUGACAGCCAAUCAGAAUCAGAUAGUAAUUCAGAAUCAGAUACAGAAGGAUCAGAAGAAGAUGAUGAUGAUGAUAAAGACCAAGAUGAAUCAGAUAGUGAUACUGAAGGAGAGAAAACUUCAAUGAAACUGAAUAAAACAGCUUCCUCUGUCAAAAGCCCUUCCAUCAGUCUCACAGCUCACUCAACACCUCGUAACCUCCACAUAGCAAAAGCCCCAGGCUCUGCUCCUGCUGCCUUAUGUUCUGAAUCCCAGUCACCUGCUUUUCUUGGCACACCUUCUUCCACACUUACUUCAAGUCCACACUCUGGCACUUCCAAAAGGAGAAGAGUAACAGAUGAACGUGAACUGCAUAUUCCUUUGGAAUAUGGCUGGCAGAGAGAGACAAGAAUAAGAAACUUUGGAGGGCGCCUUCAAGGAGAAGUAGCAUAUUAUGCUCCAUGUGGAAAGAAACUUAGGCAGUACCCUGAAGUAAUAAAGUAUCUCAGCAGAAAUGGAAUAAUGGAUAUCUCAAGGGACAAUUUCAGCUUCAGUGCAAAAAUAAGAGUGGGUGACUUCUAUGAAGCCAGAGAUGGACCGCAGGGGAUGCAGUGGUGUCUUUUGAAAGAAGAGGAUGUCAUUCCCCGUAUCAGGGCAAUGGAGGGUCGUAGAGGAAGACCACCAAAUCCAGAUAGACAGCGAGCAAGAGAGGAAUCCAGGAUGAGACGUCGGAAAGGUCGGCCUCCAAAUGUUGGCAGCACUGAAUUUCUAGAUAACACAGAUGCCAAAUUGCUAAGAAAACUGCAAGCUCAGGAAAUAGCCAGACAAGCAGCACAAAUAAAGCUUUUGAGAAAACUGCAAAAGCAGGAACAGGCUCGGGUUGCCAAAGAAGCUAAAAAACAACAAGCAAUAAUUGCUGCUGAGGAGAAGCGAAAGCAAAAAGAACAGAUAAAGAUUAUGAAACAACAGGAAAAAAUUAAGAGAAUACAACAAAUCAGAAUGGAAAAAGAGCUUCGAGCCCAGCAAAUUCUAGAGGCAAAAAAGAAAAAGAAGGAAGAAGCAGCAAAUGCCAAAUUAUUGGAGGCCGAGAAACGAAUAAAGGAAAAAGAAAUGAGAAGACAGCAAGCUGUUCUUCUAAAGCAUCAGGAGUUGGAGAGGCAUAGACUAGAUAUGGUAUGGGAACGAGAGAGAAGGCGACAACAUAUGAUGCUUAUGAAAGCUAUGGAAGCUCGUAAAAAGGCAGAAGAAAAAGAACGAUUGAAGCAAGAAAAACGUGAUGAGAAAAGAUUAAAUAAAGAACGUAAACUAGAGCAACGAAGAUUAGAAUUAGAAAUGGCAAAGGAACUAAAGAAGCCUAAUGAAGACAUGUGCUUAGCAGACCAAAAGCCUUUGCCAGAGUUGCCUCGUAUUCCAGGACUUGUUCUCUCUGGAAGUACAUUUUCAGACUGUCUCAUGGUGGUGCAGUUCUUACGAAACUUUGGUAAAGUUUUGGGCUUUGAUGUGAAUAUUGAUGUUCCAAACCUGAGUGUUCUUCAAGAGGGAUUGCUAAAUAUAGGGGACAGCAUGGGUGAAGUACAAGACUUGCUUGUGAGGCUCCUCUCAGCUGCUGUAUGUGAUCCAGGUCUAAUUACAGGAUACAAGGCCAAAACAGCUCUUGGAGAACAUUUGCUGAAUGUUGGUGUGAAUCGAGACAAUGUUUCAGAGAUUUUGCAGAUUUUUAUGGAAGCACACUGUGGACAGACUGAACUUACUGAAAGCCUGAAGACUAAAGCUUUUCAGGCUCACACUCCAGCACAGAAAGCCUCAGUUCUGGCUUUCCUGAUCAAUGAACUGGCAUGCAGCAAGAGUGUGGUGAGUGAAAUCGACAAGAACAUUGAUUAUAUGUCAAACUUAAGGAGAGAUAAAUGGGUGGUAGAAGGUAAACUCCGCAAGCUCAGAAUCAUUCAUGCUAAGAAAACAGGCAAAAGAGACACUUCAGGUGGCAUUGAUCUUGGAGAAGAGCAGCAUCCAUUGGGCACACCCACUCCAGGACGCAAAAGGAGAAGGAAGGGAGGAGACAGUGACUAUGAUGAUGAUGAUGAUGAUGAUAGUGAUGACCAAGCUGAUGAAGAUGAUGAAGAUGAAGAAGAUAAAGAAGACAAAAAAGGAAAGAAGACUGAGAUCUGUGAAGAUGAGGAUGAAGGUGACCAAGCAGCAAGUGUGGAAGAGCUAGAAAAACAGAUUGAAAAACUGAGUAAACAACAGAGUCAGUACAGAAGGAAGCUCUUUGACGCUUCUCACUCUUUACGUUCGAUGAUGUUUGGCCAGGAUCGUUACAGACGCCGGUACUGGAUUCUUCCCCAGUGUGGGGGUAUUUUUGUAGAAGGCAUGGAGAGUGGUGAAGGACUAGAAGAAAUUGCAAAAGAAAGAGAAAAACUAAAAAAGGCAAAAAGUAUCCAAAUCAAAGAGGAAAUAUUUGAGACUUCUGAGGACACUUUAAAUUGUUCAAAUCCAGAUCACUGUGAGCAAAAGGAAGAUACUAAAGAAAAAGAUAACCCAAAUCUGUUUCUUCAGAAACCUGGCUCUUUUUCAAAAUUAAGCAAGCUUUUAGAAGUAGCUAAGAUGCCUCCUGAGUCAGAUGUAAUGACCCCCAAACCAAAUAGUAGUGCAAAUGGGUGCACAUUGUCAUAUCAAAACAGUGGAAAACAUUCAUUGGGCAGCAUUCAAUCAACAGCAACACAAAGCAACAUGGAAAAGACAGACUCUAAUAAUCUGUUCAAUACCAGUUCAAGCGGUCCAGGGAAGUUCUAUAGUCCUCUCCCCAGUGACCAGUUGUUAAAGACAUUGACUGAAAAGAAUAGACAGUGGUUUAGCCUUUUGCCAAGGACACCUUGUGAUGAUACCUCUCUUACCCAUGCCGGUAUGUCAGCUGCUGCUUUAGUGACCCCUCAGUCUCAGCCACUGUCUAAGUCACCUUCACCCGCCCCAGCUCCGCUUCUUGGAUCAUCUGCUCAGAAUCCUGUUGGCCUAAAUCCAUUUGCUUUAUCGCCUCUUCAGGUGAAAAGCGGAGUGUCUAUGAUGGGACUCCAGUUUUGUGGGUGGCCUGCUGGCAUGCUUACUUCCAAUAUUCCAUUCACAUCACCUUUACCUAAUCUGGGAUCAGGGUUGGGAUUGUCAGAAGGAAAUAGUAAUACAUACGUGACUCCUAAUGUUGCACCAAGUAAAAGUGAAUCUCCAGUACCACAGAAUGAAAAAGUCUCUUCAGCUCAACCUGCAGCUGUUGAAGUAGCAAAACCAGUAGAUUUUCCUAGUCCAAAACCCAUUCCAGAAGAAAUGCAGUUUGGUUGGUGGAGAAUUAUUGACCCAGAGGACCUAAAAGCUUUGCUCAAAGUGCUCCAUCUCAGAGGAAUAAGAGAAAAGGCAUUACAAAAGCAAAUUCAGAAACACUUGGAUUAUAUUACUCAAGCUUGCAUUAAGAAUAAGGAUGUUGCCAUUAUUGAAUUAAAUGAAAACGAAGAAAACCAGGUAACUCGAGACAUUGUGGAGAACUGGUCAAUAGAAGAACAAGCAAUGGAAAUGGAUUUGAAUAUUCUUCAACAGGUAGAAGAUCUAGAAAGGAGAGUUGCAUCAGCAAGUUUGCAAGUGAAGGGUUGGAUGUGUCCAGAACCUGCAUCAGAAAGGGAGGACUUGGUAUAUUUUGAACAUAAGUCAUUUUCUAAAUUGUGCAAGGAGCGUGAUGGAGAAUUUACUGGCGAAGAAGAAAGCAGUGCACAUGCACUGGAACGGAAGAGUGACAACCCCCUAGAUAUAGCUGUAACCAGGCUGGCUGAUUUGGAGCGGAACAUUGAAAGAAGGUAUCUGAAGAGCCCCUUAAGUACCACCAUUCAGAUCAAACUGGAUAAUGUGGGCACAGUUACUGUCCCUGCUCCUGCACCAUCCAUUAGUGGUGAUGGUGACGGAAUUGAAGAGGAUAUUGCUCCAGGGCUCAGGGUAUGGAGAAGGGCAUUAUCAGAAGCUCGCAGUGCUGCACAGGUAGCUCUGUGCAUUCAGCAGUUACAGAAAUCAAUAGCAUGGGAAAAAUCAAUUAUGAAAGUUUACUGCCAGAUAUGUCGAAAGGGAGAUAAUGAAGAACUACUCCUCCUUUGUGAUGGCUGUGACAAAGGCUGUCAUACAUAUUGCCAUAGACCCAAGAUUACAACUAUACCAGAUGGGGAUUGGUUUUGUCCAGCUUGCAUUGCUAAGGCAAGUGGUCAGACCCUAAAAAUCAAAAAACUGCAUGUCAAAGGAAAAAAAAGUGAGUCAAAGAAAGGCAAGAAAGUGACUUUAACAGGGGAUACUGAAGAUGAAGACUCUGCAUCAACAAGCAGUUCACUGAAAAGAGGAGUCAAAGACCUGAAAAAAAGAAAAAUGGAGGAAAACAGCUCUAUUAACGUAUCACAGCAAGAAAGUUUUACUUCUGUUAAGAAACCCAAAAGAGAGGACUCCAAGGACCUAGCUCUUUGCAGUAUGAUCCUUACUGAAAUGGAAACUCAUGAGGAUGCAUGGCCUUUUCUACUUCCUGUAAACUUGAAACUUGUUCCUGGUUAUAAGAAAGUUAUUAAGAAGCCUAUGGAUUUUUCCACAAUUAGAGAGAAAUUAAGUAGUGGACAGUAUCCAAACCUUGAAACUUUUGCUCUAGAUGUCAGGCUUGUUUUUGACAACUGUGAAACAUUUAAUGAAGAUGAUUCUGAUAUAGGCAGAGCUGGCCACAGUAUGAGAAAGUAUUUUGAAAAAAAGUGGACAGAUACUUUCAAAGUGAGCUGAAGUUAUAAUAAUCUUUUCUUUUUUUUCCCUUUUAAAUAAGGAUGAAUGAGACCAGCAAUGUGAACUGUAUUUACACGCAUGUGCAAGGCACAUACAUAAUGACUUUUUUUCCCUUAAAAUAAGUAUCACAAAAAAAAAAGUAUCAGAAGAAUGAUACCAUUUUUAAAGGCUUCACUCCUACAACAACCAAGGCCCUUGGUUAUGGGUUUGUGUGAUUUAUCAGCUAAUUUAGGUAGAACAGGGAAGCACACCCAAAGAAUUUUCAAAGGAAAGGGUGUUAUAGUGCAAUAGCAAUUAAAAUAUAUCAAAUCGCACUGAAUAUUCAACACCAGAGCUCUAACAUGGGAAAUGGUUCUUUCCCUCUCAAUAAAUAUCUAUUUUUCAUUUUUUUACUUUGUAGUUUAUUUUUUAGUGAAUGUAUUUAAUUUUAUGAAUUAUUUAUGAUUAAACCACAUCCAGAAUCUUCGUUUUCUGUGAAAAGGAAGAACUAGAAAAAUUGCUUUAAAUCUUGAAAAUACAACAAGGAAUGUUUUAAAAUAUAAAACAAAGCCAAGUUAAACUGUUUACACUGAUGUGCUAUAAAAGCACCAAAAAUAAACUUUGCUGUAGAGUUACAAGUACAUUUAUAUAUAUAUACGUAUAUAUAUAUAUAUAUGUUGCUGCAUCUCUUGUGUAGUUAAAUUGUAUUUCAAAACAGUGAAGAAAAAUUGCCAUGUAUAUACUGUUCAUUAUUGUUUAUAUUAAGUCUUGUUUUAAAUAUGUAUUAUGUGUAUAUAUUGUUUGCAGACAUUAUUGUUUAUGCCUUAGAAGGAUUGUAGCAUUUUAUUUUAGUCUGAAGGUAAUUAUAGCUAUACAGCUUGUACAGUAAUUAUCCUCUACCAACACUGUGGCGUCUCCUGGAUCUUGGUAGUGCCUGCCUUUGAAACAGGGUGUAGGGGAUAUUAGUUUUCCAUUUUUUCUAUUUUGUUAUAUAAUUUUAAGCCACCAGGGCCUAAAUUAAAGUAUAAUCAUUUGUAUCCAUGUGGAAUAAAAUUGUGACAAUUUCCUAUACACACAGUAUUUUUUCAUAGAAACAUUUCCCUCCCAUUUGCCUUGCCUCAGAAAUAAAUUUACAAGACAUUUGUAACCACUGUGUUUUAUCUACUGUGUGUUGUGGUGGCCUGUUGGAGGCAAAUAGAUCAGAAUUUUUUUGUACCUAUGUAAGAGUACUUGAAGUUUUAUUUAAAAUAAAAUGUUGUGGAAAAGGUAGCAUUCUUUUUUUUAGGAGUGUUAUUUUUCACUACUAUGUGUGGCACGGAUACAAUAAAAACUUUUACAAACUAGUUUUUUUAGUUUUUCUUAAUGAACUUGGAAAUAUUUGAAAAAAACUAGUUAAUUUAAUUUGUUUUUUACGGAAUCAUAAAGGAGGAGCAGCAGAACAUUGGGUGGGGUGGAGGAAGGUGGUCUUAUGUAAUGUGACUUUCAUUAGUCUCUGAACCUCUCUGGACCACGUUUUAUUGUUUAUUUCACACUUACCAUAUGAAAAGGUUAGAAUAUUUUUUAAGGUCUUGUUCUGAUAGGUGAAAUGUCUCUACUGUAAACAUACAACCCAGUUGUCAAGAAAAAUUGAUCAUAUAAAUUCACCUAAUAAGUCAUGAGGUACAAGUUCAAGUGUUUAUGAAAUAUGAUUAAAUGCCUUACUGGGGUCUUAGGAAUCAUCAAUGAACAAGAUAGGCAUAGGCCCUGCUUUCAUGGAGCUUACAGUCAAGUGGAGAAGUGAUCCUUAGAUAAUGUCCUCAGUACAGGGCCUUUAAUAAAUAGUGCAGGGAGAAUAGAAGAGUUUUGAAGAAAUAUUAAACUUUAAAAUGCUUCAUAGCCACAGAGUAUUUUCUAAAAUUCCUAGAUUGUUUAUGAAGGCUUAUAUGAAAAUCAGCUGUUAUUAUGUAAAUAUGUCAGUUACUGUUAACCAAAUAUUACAAUGAUGCCUUAAGGAGCUGGUGCUCAAUCAAAAAUACCAUGUGGAACAGAACAAGGUGGGGCUUUGAAUUAAGUGUGUGGUUUUUGUGUUUAUAGAAUUGGCUGCCAAGAUGCUCCAUGGGAAGUUGUCUUCAUGGGAGUGUUUUGCCUAAGGGAUCAUACAUGCUUAAAGAUCAUAUGUGCUUAUAUUACUUUAUAUUAGAUGGCAUAUAAGGGCUUGAUAUUAAUGUGUCUGAUGUCCGAGGGACAAAUGAAAAAUAAAAUACACUCACACAAA